GCAUCCAGGAGAGCUUUGAGCUUUAGUGAGAGGCAUCAGAAGUUGGUAGAUGAAAACUUCCGCAGAUCGUUGCAUGUCCAGGUCUUGAAUAAGAUAGAGAGGCAAGCCCGGAACCAGAUCGUGCAGAAUGAAAACAACGAGAGGGUUGACCGCAAGAGAUUCCUCAGAGCGCUGCAGAAUGAGCAGAUUGAGCUGGACAUGGAGGAAGCCAUCCAAAAAGCAGAAGAGAACAAGAUGUUGAGGGAUCGACAGCUUGAACAGGAAGAGAAACUCGCAAACGAACUGGCCAGACUGAAGCAGGAAAGUCUGAAGGAUGAAAAGAUGAGGCAGCAAGUGAGAGAGAACAGUAUUGAGCUCAGAGAGUUGGAGCAGAAGCUGAAAGCUGCCUAUAUGAACAAGGAGCGAGCAGCCCAGAUUGCUGAGAAGGACGCCAUCAAAUACGAGCAAAUGAAACGCGAUGCUGAAAUAGCCAGGAUCAUGAUGGAGGAGCAGGAGAGGCUGCGGCAGGAAGAGAGCGCCAAGCAAGAGCAGCGGAACAAGGAGAAGGCGCAGUACUUCCUGGACCUGGAGAAGCAGCUCGAAGAGCAAGAGAGGACAAAGCAGGAGGCGUAUGAGCAGCUGCUGAAGGAAAAGCUCAUGAUUGAUGAAAUUGUCAGGAAGAUCUACGAGGAGGACCAGCUAGAAAGACAGCAAAAGUUAGAAAAAAUGAACGCAACUCAGAAGUAUAUUGAGGAGUUCCAGAAGGAGCAAGCCCUCUGGAGACAGAAAAAGCGUGAGGAGAUGGAGGAAGAGAACCGGAAAAUUAUAGAGUUUGCAAACAUCCAGCAACAAAGAGAAGAUGAGCGGACUGCCAGAGUUCAAGAGAGCGAGGAAAAGAGGGUCCAGCGCCAGAAUUUGCUGAUCCAGAAGUUGGAAGAAACGCUGCGGCAGCGCGAUGACCUGGAGCAGGUGCGGCAGGAGCUGUACCUGGAGGAGCAAGCCGAGAUCGUCAGACUGAGAGUGAAAGAGGAAGCAGAGCAGAAACUGAGGCGGCAGAGGGAGAUGAAGCAAGACUUUGACGACCAAAUGGCACUGAAGGAAAUAACACUACAGGCUGCAAAAGAGGAGGAGGAGACCUUUAGGAAAGCCAUGCUGGCCAAGUUUGCCGAAGACGACCGCAUAGAGCUCAUGAACGCCCAGAAACAGCGAAUGAAGCAGCUGGAGCACAAACGAGCCGUGGAGAAGCUCAUCGAGGACCGGCGUAGCCAGCUCCUUGCCGACAAGCAACGUGAGCUGGAGGAGUUACAGCUACAGCAAAGAAGGCAGGGCUGCAUCAAUGAGAUUAUUGAAGAAGAAAGGCUGAAGCUCCUCAAAGAACAUGCUACAAACUUGCUGGGCUAUCUCCCCAAAGGAGUGUUUAAAAGAGAGGACGAUGUCGACAUGCUUGGUGAAGAGUUUAGGAAAGCAUAUCAGAAAAGGAGUGAAGAUUGCGAAGAGAAGUGAUCUGCACAGCAAGCUUCCAUGACACCUGGAUGUUUCCGGUGCCACCACUAGAUGUCAGUGUAACUGUUGUUUUAUAGUUGGUAAAGGUGUCUAUCUUUGUGUUCUAAAACAUCCUUAUAUUUCACCAUUUUAUACAGUAAGACAGAAAUUAAACACAUUAGUACUUUAACUGCAG